CCGCAGGUGAUAGCCAAACAUUGGGAGACUGUCGGCAGCCCAAGACUGUGAAUUUCACCAAAAGAAAGACGACACUGAGCUGAGUUCGGUCGAGGCGCCUCUCCUCAGGUUUGCAAACUUUGUUUCGUUGAAGUUAAAGCACCUGGGAACCUGUGGGCGGUCAAAUCCGACUUUUCUUUUUCUCUCUUUUUGAAGCGCUAGCAGAGCGAAGUUUUCUCACUGAAACUUCCGCGGUUUACUCGUUGAACAAGUUGUCUGGGAUAAAAGACAACCAAAACUGUUUUCUCUUAUGCGGUCCCAGGCAUUUUGAGCCAUGCCUGGCCAUAGCACAGGGGCUCCCCAGGUGUCCCGUCACCACAAACACCACAGCUCCAGCUCCAGGGCACAAAAGUACAGACAAACUCGGACUAUAUCCAGGGAGAGCACGGCCAGCCAAGACUCCUAUAAGGAUCCUCACGGGGAGCAUCUACAUGAACACCACACUGACCACUCCCGGUAUUCAGAGAACAAGUACAGCAGCCGCAGCCGAGGCCACCCACGAAAUGGCACGGCACGGGGCUCAGAGACUAUAGGAUUUAUUCCUGGGUCAGCAGACAACACGCCUACCAGCAGACAUGCCUGUGGCUCCUGUGCCUCUAUGGGCUGGAGCAACUGUAAGGCUCUUAUCUGCUGUGUACUGACCUGUGGAUUUUAUGGCAGCCGAGAGCCCUGUCUGCCUGUUAAUGAGAGCUCCACAGACCAUCCCCCUAAAGCAGGUAGUGAGCCUCACCCUCCUAAUGGCAUGUCUGUGAGCAACCCCACCUGUGGCAUCCCCUUGGAGCCCAGCAAGGUCACCAAACCCUCUAAGUUGCCCACAAGUGACAGCUUUCGCUACCCAGAUGUGCGCAUUGCAGGUCAGACAGUAAAGUAUCCGGUCACUGCCCCCAAACGGACCCGUGCACCUGGCAAAGGGGAAAACCACCGGCCAGUCAGCAACACCAGCCUGUUAUCCCGCGAGGACUAUGACUUAGAUGACCUGAGCGACACGGGCACAGACAUUGACUCUCUUAUCACCAAGAAGCUGCUGGAACUUUACGCCUUGCACCAGAUUGACCAGCUGGCCAAGUGCACCUCUGACUCCUCUUUCUCUCGCAAGACCAACGAGAUCAGUGAGCUCAUCUACAGCAUCGCUCAGGAUUACAACCUGCAGGAGCAGGAGGCCGAGUGCAAACUGGUGCACGGGGUCAUCCGCAUCAGCACACGAAAGGGCAAGAAAAACAAGAGCCAUCAGCCCACCGGACAGCGUCCUAAUGGGAGGAGUGACGGGACUCUCCCUGACAGCGGCAACGAGACCAUGACCAACACCUUCAUGAGCAGUGACUUUCCAGAGGUGAAAGUGUCAGAGCAGACGCCAUCAGAUGAGCUGGCGAGGAAGAUGAGACAUUACAGCGGGAAAACAUACUCCUCCAGCACCAACACAGCCUACUCGGCUUACCAUCAUGACACUGAAACAGACUCUUCAGGGGCUCCUCUGCUUCUCUGAAGGGCAACACCGGAGCCAAAGUACCUAUACAAACAAGGGAUGUAGCCAACUAGAUGGAUAAUUUUAUCCUUCUGCUAUCAUUUAUGCUGUUACUGAGUGGAGCACCUUUCGGGCUGUUGUACUUCUCCUUCUAGUGGUCCGGCUAAUGUUUCCUUUUGGAGAGUCAUUUAAAUUCAAGGACAUUUUAUCUUUCCAGCAAAUGACCCACUGAGGAAACAAAGUUUUUUUUUGUUUGUUAUGUUUUUUACACAGGGAAAGAUAAAGCAAGUGUUUAUGUGUUAGUAUGCAGUGUUUAAAGUUGUUUUCAGAAAAAGAAACGUGUCUACACUCCGUGCGGUCUUAGCAGUCAGGCCAUAACAGACUGAUGGUAGAACAUAACCGUCCUCAUUCUUGUCUGUGUGAUUGUUUAUGCAAGUCAUUGCGCAUGUACUGUAUGUAUGGGUUUUUUGGCUCCUGCCAUUUAGACUCCUUAGAGGCAUGUUUUGAUCUGAAAACUGUAUUAUUAAGCCAUAUUUUGAUGUAAAUGUUUUCAAGUCAAUGUUACUUUCUGGGUUGUCAAACUGUUUUUGUGAAACUGUUUUGUUUUUUUUUAACUCACAGAUAAGUUCUGUUUUUAACAAAAUAAAAAUCUCCAUACUUG